GCUGCCAUGCUGUGUCAGUGGGCGCCUUCCCUCCAAGAGUCCCUUCUGGAUUCCUUCCCUCCAAGAGCCUUUCCAUGGGCUCUCCAUCAUGCCACUUGUUGUUCCCAUUGCCACUGGCACAGUCAAACCUGCUCUCCAAUGUUUGCUUUGCCACUGGCCUCUGCCUUGGACAGGCAUAAACCUUCCCUAAUGUACACCCACAGGUCUUUCAGAGGCUGAACUAAACCUCAAGCAAAAGCAGGGGCCAGCUUCUAAAGUGCCUGAGGGAUAAUUAGGGAUAAUUAGCUAGAACUCACUGAUGGAAGUAGGCAACCCAAGCCUCCUAGAAAAUAUUGAACUUAGACUAAGCAUCUUUCUAAGAUGCCUUGAAGUCCAGAUAAAGGAUUUGAAAGAGGAGUUGCUGACAACACCACUGGCCUCUCCCAAUCUUGAAACGAAGCCCUGACAUCACCAAAUCUCCCCUGACGAAGUCAGAGCAGCUGCUGCGAAUAGACGACCAUGACUUCAGCAUGAGACCAGGUUUUGGAGGCCCUGCAAUUCCUGUUGGAGUGGAUGUCCAAGUUGAAAGUCUGGACAGCAUUUCUGAGGUGGACAUGGACUUCACCAUGACGCUUUACCUGAGGCACUACUGGAAAGAUGAGAGGCUGUCCUUCCCCAGCACCAACAACCAAAGCAUGACGUUUGAUGGCAGACUGGUGAAGAAGAUCUGGGUCCCUGACAUGUUCUUUGUCCACUCCAAGCGUUCCUUCAUCCACGACACCACCACAGACAACGUCAUGCUGCGGGUCCAGCCAGAUGGGAAGGUACUUUAUAGCCUCAGAGUUACAGUAACAGCAAUGUGCAACAUGGAUUUUAGUCGCUUUCCCCUGGACACGCAGACAUGUUCCCUGGAGAUUGAAAGCUAUGCCUACACUGAAGAUGACCUUAUGCUCUACUGGAAGAAUGGGAACGAUUCCCUAAAAACAGAUGAGAGGAUAUCAUUGUCCCAGUUCCUGAUUCAGGAGUUUCACACCACCACAAAGCUUGCCUUUUACAGCAGCACAGGGUGGUACAAUCGCCUCUAUAUAAACUUCACGUUACGCCGACACAUCUUCUUCUUCCUGCUCCAAACCUACUUCCCUGCCACUCUCAUGGUCAUGCUGUCCUGGGUGUCCUUCUGGAUCGACCGACGAGCAGUUCCUGCCAGAGUCCCGUUAGGAAUAACCACGGUGCUGACCAUGUCCACGAUCAUCACUGGGGUGAAUGCCUCCAUGCCUCGUGUUUCCUACAUCAAAGCAGUGGACAUUUACCUGUGGGUCAGUUUUGUGUUUGUCUUCCUCUCGGUGUUGGAAUACGCGGCUGUGAAUUACCUGACAACGGUGCAAGAGCGGAAGGAGAGGAAACUGCGCGACAAGCCUGCCUGUGCAUGCAGCCUACCUCAGCCCCGGCCCAUGAUGGUGGAUGGCAGCUACAACGACGGGGACGUGAACGAGCUGGGGCACUUCAUGUCCGAGGACGGGGACAAGCAGGACCGGAUGAUGGUGCAGCUGGCACUGGGCUCAGAGAGGGGCUCGGCCAGGAGGAAAAACCAGAGAUACGUCAGCAUGCGCAUCGACACCCAUGCCAUCGACAAGUACUCCAGGAUAAUAUUCCCUGGGGCAUACAUUCUAUUUAAUUUGAUAUACUGGUCCAUUUUUUCAUAGAGAUUCCUAACUUCUGUAGUCACAGAGCAUUGUGACAUGAAAUGAAAGUACAGUCUCAUAGGCUAAGAGAAGGAAAAUAGAGAAUUGUUUUAUUUGGAAGGAAGAUUGAUUUUUUUUCCCAGAAUUUAACUUUUUUUAUUAGAGGCAACUCACACGUGGCAUAAAUAAUUGUGGAAGUUUCACAUGUCAACAAAAUAUAGGAUAUACAAUCUAAAAUUUUAUACUUAUUUAAAGAUGUGCUAUGUUCCUUCUUGUGCCUCACAGGCCACUGUAAACUAUUUUAACAAGUGACUAUAAUUACCAGUUGCUUAUAUAUGGUGCAUCAUCCAUUUUGUGUCCCUGAAAUCCUAAUUCUCUAAGUACCUGAGUGCAUGCAUCUCUCAGCUCAGCAGACUGACCACAUUCAAUACCAAUUAAUACAAGAAUAUGCAAAUACUUGCAUGGUUGCAGAAUGAGGUCAUAAAUGGUAAUUACAAACACAAAAUGUCCAGUACUGGGAAAUGCUUAGGCAAGGUUAUUGACGGCUACAACUUUCACAGCUUAAUACAUGACUAAUGAGCAGUACUGCACUGGCAGGUCAGUGUAGCAAUACUUUCAGACUUGUGCUUUAUCUUAAUAGUAUUUAAAACACAGACAUAUUUCCAAACUGUCUUGACCAAGAUAUUAAAAUAUGUGUUGCAAUUUAACAAGGAAUAAACAAAACAUACAUUUUGUUAAAUGUACAUAAACGUACAUUAAACAAGGAAUGAACAAAAGCCAGACUUCCUGUAAUGCCAGCCAAAUCCUCUGGGAAACACAGGAACUCUCCUUGGAUGUGCUUAUUUGGGUCACUGGUAGCUUUGCUCUUGAGUUUCCUGGGAAUGGGUUUCUCUACAAAAUGAUUUCAUGAAGACAACCUGUUGUCUAUGAAAGAAAACCCCCAAACUACUUCAGGAGAAGCCUCUUUCCUCUGAUUUGGUCUGGGCAUUGCCAGCCUGUAUAAACCUGAAAACCUGUUGCAGCCUGUAAUGCCAGCAGUAGUUGUACUGCUUUCUGGAAAAUCCAGGUUCAUCUGUUUGUAGUAAAAGCAUAACAGAAAGGUGCUCAACAGCUGACAAAGCAGUAGCAAGGACUUUACAAGACAUACCAUGUAAAAAUCUUUGGAAUGAAGUAAGAAAACAGCUUCCACCAUAAGACAGCAGCUCCACUGCAGACACAGGUACAACUGACGGAAUCUGCUUUCAUGCUGCAUGGUUCCCCAGCAUCCUGCAGCCCACCAUGCCCUCAGAGAAGGCUCAGCGCCUUCCAAGGCAGAGCAAGGGGACAAGCUGGAGCUGGGGGCACUUGGCUCUGACUUAAAUCCCAACUCUCCAACAGAGUGUCUGCAGAUCAGCCAAUUAGUGUCAAUACACUCCAUAUGGAAAAGGCAGAAUCCGUAACACAGACGUGAUAAAAUAGUUCAGAAAACCAAGAAUCAGUUGAAUGGAAUCAGGGGCCUUCACAACACCAGCAGCACCAAAGGUGUCUCAGAAUUGUGAUCAUUCAGUUUUUCUGCUGCUACACUAUAUAUACCUGUGUUCACAAAGCUACCUGAGGGUUUGCAUUCACAGGACUUCAAAUACCACACGCUUUUGCACACAAUUGCAGAAUUCAUUACUGCCUGCACAGUAGAGUAGCAGAUACUCUUGUGUUUUACAGGUGGAUCUGCUCUGAGCAUCAGACCAAAGCAGUUGUGACUCCAAAAGGAGAGUGAAUCUUCUUGCAUGACACCUGCCCUGGCCUGCCUGUUCUGUCACUCUACCAUCAGGUGUGUGACACAGUCAUUGCAGUUGCUUUAACGCUGCUGGUUGUUUAUUUUAUUUCCUGUGUAAAUAAAUGUUACAUAAACAUACUCAGCAUUUCUUACAACUGCUAAAAUUCUGACCUGAAAAACUCCCUACACUUAUCUUACACAGCCUACACUCCAUAGGUAAAGCAGUAAAAUCAUGAAAGCUAAAAAUCAUUGAAAAACAUACCCACCCAUAAGAGUUCUACUACUUAUUUCUACAGAGUUUUUUUACAUGCACAUGUACCUUUGUUUUACUACAUCCCCUUCAUAGAUUAUUAUUCUCCUGUAAGUUUUUAUAAGAGAUUAAAAAAAUGCCUUUUUUUUAACCUGUAAAAAUUUCAGUCAAAUGAAAGUAGAAAGGUCACUCUGGAAAAAGUAGAUAAAAGGUUGACUACCAGGUUUGCCCACCCUACACUAUUCUUUAUUCCUUGUUCUGAUGACAAUUUUCCCCACAAAUAGGUUUCUUGGGCAAACUUGCACAGGAAUGUAUUUAGAUUCUCAGUAUUGCAAGAACCCAUUUAUUUCUACAAUUUAAGAAUAGCAUGAACAAGAGUGCCAGAUUUUAUAGUAAGCUCUUCAGCUCCAUAAGAAGCUUAAUGUUCUGUAGUUUUCUGCAGUGUGGUACAUUCCUUUAUAGACUCAUUAAUCUCAUACUACAUAUAUUAUUUGGCAUCUGAUCAGUAUAUUAAAGGAGAUUUUGAAGAUACAAAUGGGAGCUGGACUUUUGAAUUCCCUGGCUUUCAGUGGGAACCUAGUUUCCAACUUCCCAUGUGAUUUUUCGAAAUUUCCCUUCCAGCACAACCCUCUAAACUGAUUCCCCAACCUCAGUGUUUUGAUUUACACUAUUGAUUUACUUGUGUUUUAUUUGGGAAACUCUAGUGCCUUUUCAGUCUUAUAUAAAUGUGUAUAUACAUGUAUUCUAUAACUCCAGGAUAUGUUAUGUACAGUCAGUGUUUGCUAUCAGCAACUGCCCUCAUUAAACGUAUUUACAUAUGCACUUUUUUGGCUUUUAACCUUUCACUGUAUAGGUUUUGUAUCCAAUCAUUAACACUCUGCUCCUUUCCACUUCUACAAUAAAUCAGAGAAGUUUGUUUGCUUUUGUUUAUUUAUAGAAACACUCAAAAUCACAAUAAAAUUUCACAUUUGUACA